AUGUCAUUCACCACCAUCAUACCGCGAAUCGUAUCUAAACGAGCUAGUCAAAUACCUCGAACCGCCAUAUUACAAUUUUCUUCUUCAUCUUCAUCCUCGGCUGCUUCAUCAUCUUCUUCAAAACAAUCUAAACCGAAACCAAAGUCAACAAAGAUCGUGUCAUCCGUACCAGCAGGAACGACCUUGACUGGCUUAUCGAUACUCAAGGAUAAACCUGAUCCAGUAGCGUUAGAAGACGAUCAAUAUCCACCUUGGUUAUGGAAUCUAUUAGAAGACACCUCAAAAGCUCAUAAGGUAGCUGAAAAUAAUGUGGAGUUACAUAAAGAAGGUCAAGAGGGAUUCGAUGUGAUUAAGGAAAAAAGGAAAUUGAAGAAUUUGAAUAGAGAUAAAAUCAAGGCUUCAAAUUACCUGAAAUCUACCACGUGA